AUGAGGUUAUGUUCGAAUGCGAGCUUUAGUCUGACGGCGGAGAGACUGACCUGGUUGCACCAGCCUGAAGGAGGUAAUCGGUCGGAGAGCGAUUACAAGGAGCUUAAUGAGCAUGCUGAUUUCGAUAAGGAUGGAUAUCAAAUGUCAUUCCAUGGAAUGGUCGGUUCUCUACGAGUUCUUGCAGACCCUCAUCUUCCAACUGGUUCUGGAAAAUUUCGUUGUUCAGUGCGAUUUGGACCUCUGUCUCUGGUUUCGACACCAGCUCGGUUAGAACUGGCUGCCCUGGAUGACUUUCGGCUGGAUGCAGAAUGGAUCGCAUCUCAAAGAGAUAGUGAUGGACUUAGGUUAAGGGCUCCAGUGGGCAGCAGAGUUAUGAUGAGAUGUCCAGAGGUUAAGUCAAGUCCUCAGGCUGUAAUACAAUUUUACAAGUGAGUUUAGUGAAAAUUAUUAGAAUAAGUCAAUUAAAAUAUUUAUAAU